CCCGCAAGCAACACCGCUUGCAGAUACCGAGGCUCGUUAUCCGAUGAGCGGUCCGCUCAUGGAUGCAUCAUUGUGGGCUAGACCAGACUAGGUCAAUGAUUACAUGUGCGUUCCAUAGACGCGGGAGCGCAUCAGGUGCAGCAGCAGGAAGGAGGGGUUCGUUCAUAUAGCCGUGUUACCUACCGUGUAGGUUUCCUUUGUAAUCUCCCCUACAGCUUACCUUACACCAACACUCGUCGCUCGAGGAGAUCAAUUGUGUCCCAGAAGGCUACUUCACUAAUUCAAGUUCCACCGACAAGUCCACAAUGGCUGCCGAUCUACCCAAGAAAUACAAGGCCGCUGUCUAUGACAAGCCGGGCUCCAUCUCGACGAAGAUUGAGGAGCUGGACAUGCCUGAGCCGGGUCCGGGAGAGGUCCUGAUCAAUCUUUCCCACUCGGGCGUCUGCCAUUCCGACAUGGGCAUUAUGAUGCAAUCAUGGAAGCACAUGCCUUUCCCCACUCAAGCUGGUCAGGUUGGUGGACACGAGGGCGUCGGAAAGAUCGUGAAGAUGGGACCUGCGACCGACACUUCAAGCGUUGGCCUUGGAGAUAGAGUGGGAAUCAAGUGGAUGGCGGGUAUCUGCGAGACUUGCGAUGCGUGUCGGGUGGGGUUGGACGCCAGCUGUGCAAAAGGCAAAGUCUCAGGGUACUACACACCGGGCACGUUCCAGCAAUACGUUCUCGCACCGGCAAACUACGUGACUCCCAUACCCGAUGGCCUGGAUUCAGCUGCAGCCGCUCCGCUGCUUUGUGCAGGAGUAACAGUCUACUCCGCACUCCGAAAAAGCCGCACGCAGUCUGGCAACUUCGUGGUCAUCCUCGGUGCGGGUGGCGGGCUCGGACAUCUCGGUACGCAAUUCGCCUCGCGCGGCAUGGCUCUGCGUGUGAUUGGAAUUGAUCACUCCUCGAAGAAGGAUCUUGUCCUGGAGUCUGGCGCCGAGCACUUCAUCCCCAUUGACGGCACAGACGACGUGGCCGGCGCAGUCAAGGAUCUCACUGGCGGACUCGGUGCUCACGCCGUCGUUGUCCUCACCUCCAACAACAAAGCAUACGCGAGUUCUGUGGGUUUGCUACGCCAUGGCGGCACCGUGGUCUGCAUUGGUGUGCCUGAGGGUGAUCCAGUGCCCUUCCAGGCGACGCCGGCCCAGCUCAUCAUGAGUGCGAUUACGAUCGUGGGCGUGGCGGUCGGAACGAGGAGGGAUGCGAUCGAAACGCUGGAUUUUGCGGCAAGAGGCGUCGUGAAGACACAUUUCAGGGUGGAGAAGUUGGACAAGCUGACGGAGGUCUUCAAGGAGAUGGAUGAGCAGAAGAUGCAGGGCAGAGUUGUGAUAGAUCUUUCGUAGCGCCGCGGGCCGUGAUACAGAUGCGAAGGCAUGCC